AAUUUGUUAAGUAUGAUUACUAAGAAAAAAACACUUUGUUAGGUAUGAAGCUCGCUCGUUUGAUCAAAUCAAUUGAGCAAAUCUACCUCCACUCUCUCCCAAUCCCAAUCAAGGAGGAGGAGGAGAGUGUGAUAUAUAUUGGGGGUAACAAUAUCGGAAAGCCGCCGUUUAAUGUGACCGGCAACUGUGGAUCUGUUACUGUCGUGGAUCUGGAAUUGUGGCGGCGCGUGUGCACACGUAAGAAGGUCCUUCAGUUUGCCGGAAUUGAGAAUGUUUUUACAUCGGAAGCUUCGUCAAGGUAACUUUCGAAUGUCUGAUGAAGGACUAUGGAUUCCUAACUCCAGACUUUUGUAAGGAGACUCGAUUCUCAACUUCACGUAUUGAUGAAGUUGAGGCCUGAGCUUUGAUGGAUGAACCGUAAUUGAGUAGGGGAAUGAAUGUUGGCCUCUUGCUUUACAAGUUGUUCAUAACGCAGCUGUAUCGUUCAUUCUUCUCAAGAUCAAGUCAACUGUGUACCAUUGAUCAAACCAUGGCACUUGGUUUAUUUCGGCAUUUUCCAAGGUGUGCUUCCUUAUUCCGACCCUUAUUCUCUCUACUCAUCUUUGACCCGUUUUCAAUAGAAGGAUGUUGAGUCAAAAUAGAAGGAUCAUAUAUAAUGAGGACUUGUAAUUAGUUGCUAAUUAUUUUUUUCUUGAUCCAAACUGAUCAAUUAGUUAGUUUAUAUGUUUCUUAGAUGACUAAUACUUCGGAGGUGGUCGUAACACAGAGGGUGUUUUCGUUAUUACACCAUCUGUUAGGGGGUCCUCACGAUUGGCCCAAAAGAGAAAGAACAAAAAAUAAAGAAAUAAAUUGAUGCAAUUAACCCGAGUAAAUUUGAGAGAGUUUUUUAGAUAAGGCCCAAUUCAAUUGGGCCUUGUAUUUUAAAAAUACCUUUAAUACAAAAUACUUGUAAAAUAAAACGAGUAUUGGACUGUUUGUUGUAAAGGGUAUUAGAUGAAAGUAAUGUCAAUUUUUCAAAAAUAUAAUAUGAAAUAUUGACUAAAAUUGCAUACAACUUAGACAUGGAAAAGAUUAAAGAAUUUCACUCAACAUGUAAAGAUUUUUUUCAAUUGAAAUUAUAUAUUAACUAAAGAACCAAUACGACACUAAUGGUAAUUGGUAAAAUUCAUGUAUCUUUAAUUAAAUACACUAUGUUUUUUUUUUUCCUGCGAAAAAUUAGGAUUUAAUUUAUAAGAAAACAUAAAAGGAGAGAGAUAGAGAUUAAUUAGCAUACCUAGAAUAAUGUAAUAUAUAAAUAAUUUAUUUUUGCGGAAUGAUAUUACAUGGAAAUCAUAUAAUAUUAUAGAAAGUAUGUACUGGUACAGUUAAUAAUUCCUUAGAUUUAUUAAAGUUUAGCAGAAGUGUGAAUUAAUGAGUUGUAAAGUCAAUUAGAUAUAUUAAAGUUAAAUAUGCUAAACACAUUUGGCUGGUCAUAUUGUAAAUUUUGGUAUGAAUUGAAUUUGAAGUCUAACAGAAAUGCAACUAAUAAUCGUUUUGAGAAAUUUCAGUUGGCAAGGAAAAGCAUAUUAUUACAUAUAUACAUACAUACCUUAAUCUUUUCAGUAACUUUAGGUAUACAUACAUACCUUAAUCUUUUCAGUAACUUUAGGUUGAAGAAUUGUCUUAAUUAACCAGCCAGGCAUUAAUUACUGUUAAGAGAAACACAAUAUAAAUUAUUGCAAUGCAAGUCAUAAACAUUUACCAUUCACAAAUUAAUUAAGAAAGUUAAGCAAGGCAUAUUCUUUUCACCACCUUUAAGAUAUUGUGUUUAUUAUUUUCUUAAUUUUUGUUAGUUAAAAGAUAAGUUUAAUUUGUGCACAACACAGACACAUUAUAAAUAGAUGCAAGUGAUCAUCAAUUAGAUCACAACUUCUCAAAUCAAUAACAAGUAAUUAAUUAACCCCACUUAUUAAAUAAUUCUCUCAAAACUACCAAAGUUCGUUCGAUCGAUUUUCCGAUGGAGGCAGAGAAAAAACCCGUGACUGCUGAAGGGGCGAAUAUCAAGGCUAUCCUAGUGGGCUGCAACAACUAUCCAGAUCCGGAAAAUGAGCUGAAAGGAUGCCAUAACGAUGCGUAUAAUAUGCACAACAUACUGAUAAAAAUAUUUAAUUUCGACCCGAAAAGAAUCUUGGUUAUGGUGGACACGCCUGGCAGCAAACAUAUGCCGACUGCUGCGAAUAUCAAGAAACAACUGGAGAAAAUGAUCGAAGAUGCUGACGAGGGAGACAGGCUGUUCUUCUAUUUUUCUGGCCAUGGAAUGACUGUUUGUCAUCAUGGGGAGACAAAGCCGGCCAUCGUCCCUUGCGAUGACAAUCUCAUUACGUGUAUGGACUUCAGGUACUGCGUGAGUCGUUUGCCCAAAAAGGCGACAUUCACAAUAAUGGCUGAUUCGUGCAACAGUGGUGGACUUAUUGACCAAGAACCGGUGCAGGUCGGGCAACCGUACUAUGUUCAGCCUCCUAAAGAUCAGACAUGUGUUGGUAAGAAUAAACCUAAAAUGAUUCCUUACGAGUCCUACAUGGCAAACUUGUCGUCUAGGACAGGGCUAAACGAUCCGGACAUUGGUGCACACUUGAUCCAAUUGUUCGGAUCGGAAGCCAGCAUCAUGUUCUGGCUGCCACCUCAUCAGCAUCCAGAGCCGUUGAAAAGUGACCAGGGCAUUCUACUGAGCGGCGGUGAGCCUGAUGAGUUAACCUUUGAAGACCGUCGAGAUAUUAGGAACCCUUGUGGUGCUUUUACUAAAACUGUGGUCGCAAUACUCAAUGGACACCCUGCCCCUAUAACAAACAGGCAACUGAUUGUCAAUGCAAGGGGUAUUUUGGGGAUCAAGGACGAAGAUGAGAGGCAGCACCCGUGUCUCUAUUGUAGCCAGGAAAACGCUAACGCGGUUUUCCUUCGCAAAGCGUCUGAAAUUGGUGAAACCUCAGAAGAUCAUGUGCUUGAGGGAUGAUUAUUAUUAUGCCUAUACAUAUACUCUACUGGUUUGUAAUAAUUAUCACUUGUUGCAAGUGAUCACUUUGAUUAAUUUAUGCAAUAAUUGUAAUAAGAUGACAGCAUAUAUAAUGUUGUUACUAAUAAUACAUUCUAUUUCAGCGUUUA